CUGCAGAGCUGAGAGCUGAGAGCAGCUCACCAUCAGCUGAGCGUCCAGAUGAACCAGCAGCACCGACUCAUCCGCCGAGCAGCAGCCGGCUCUGCGCUGCGCUCCCUCGGCUAGAGGCGCGCUGUGUCUGCUGCUCCUCACAGCUUCUCCUCCAUUCUGUGUUUCUGCUGCAGACAUGGUGCUGGGCAAAGUGAGGGCCUUGUCGGUCUACUUUGACUUUGACAGCCUGAAUGAGAACAACCUGCCUGCGUUCUCCGGUGGAGACCUGGUGACCGGCCGGGUGGUGGUGGAGGUGAGCGGAGCUGUGCGGGCGAAGAGCCUCCACAUCACCGCCAGAGGAGUCGCCAAGGUCCGCUGGACCGAGUCCCGGAACGCCGGAGCCAACACGGCUUACACCCAGAACUACACCGAGGAGGUGGAGUACCUGCACCACCAAGACACCUUGAUAGGAGAGGAGACAGAUGAGGAGUGUCCAGAGGAAGGUCUGACUGUUCUCCACGCCGGAUUACACGAGUUCGCCUUCAGCUUCAACCUGCCUCAGAUGGCUCUGGCCACUUCCUUCGAGGGGAAGCACGGCAGCGUGCGGUACUGGGUGAAAGCUGAACUCCACCGUCCGUGGCUGCUGCCGGUCAAAGUGAAGAAAGAGUUCAUUGUGUUCGAGCACAUCGACAUCAACACGCCGCUGCUGCUGGCCCCUCAGGCUGGUACAAAGGAGAAGACGCUGUGCUGCUGGUUCUGUGCUUCAGGUCCGAUCUCCCUCAGUGCCAAGAUAGAGCGAAAGGGCUACACACCAGGCGAGUCGAUCCAAAUCUUCGCCGAGGUGGAGAACUGUUCGUCCCGGGUCGUGGUGCCCAAGGCCGCCCUGUACCAGACCCAGACCUUCUUCGCCAAGGGCAAGGGCAAGCAGAUCCAGCAGCUGGUGUCCAAUCUGAGAGGAGACCCUCUGCUGCAGGGGAAGAGUCAGAGCUGGGAGGGCAAGCUGCUGAAGAUCCCCCCGGUGUCGCCCUCCAUCCUGGACUGUCCCAUCAUCAGAGUGGAGUACGCCCUGGUGGUGUACGUGGACGUUCCCGGCGGGUUGAAUUUGUCUCUCUCGUUGCCGUUGGUGAUAGGGACCAUACCGCUGCACGCCUGCGCCACCCGCACCUCCAGCAUCAGCAGCAACUGCAGCACUUUGAGCUGGCUGGGCCUGUCGGAGAGACCCGAGGCUCCGCCGAGUUACAGCGACCUCGCCAUAUCAGAGUCUCACAGACGGGACUGUCUGCACGGCUGUGAUCGGUCCGACGGCGAGGGAGAGGACCGGGGAUCUCUGCUGACGUACAUCACAGAGUUCAGAUAUCUGCCGCCGCCACUCUACGCUGAGGUCGACCCUUACCCCGACCCCGUGGAGGUGUGCGGCGCCGCCGACGUCAGGAGACUCGACACGUGUCCGUCCCGCUGAGGAGAGCUUGGUGAGCUCGGAGGGCUUCUGCACAAACCAGACACCGUCACCCCUCAGCUGCAGGCCCCGCGUAGCCAGCUUCUCACCAGAUUAUAUAUCACCAUAAAUAAGGCGAGACCCUCCCUGACCCGGCAGAGUCAGCUGACAGAGUAUUCGGUGACCGUUGAUGUAUGGACCAGGGAUUUUUCGAGCCAUGCUGGAUCCUCCAUAUCCUGUGCUCAAGAUGAGGCAAACACCACUAUGUGACGAGGCUGACGAUCACUCCCAGCGGUCAGAAGACGCCUCCUCACGCCUCGCAGUGAAUUUUGCACAUACCGUAAUUACUGUUUUUUUUCUAUCGGUGGUUUUUACAUAUACUGCAGAUUGCCGCGGGCCUAUAUGCUACAGUACAGUCUGUCCACAAACUCUUAGAAUAUUGUACUCUUUACUAUAAAUGGCACAUUUUAAGACGGGACAAAAAAGCUAUCUUCACUUAUUAAAUGGUAGUUUGGGCUUCUGGGGGCUUGCAGGUGUCGCUGUCACUAACCAGACUUCAGGUGGAAAAUGUCCAAUUCUGUGAGACAUAAAACAAAUAUUGCAGAAACAUAAACGACCACCUCGAGCACUUAAAGUAAAGCUCCGAUUGUGUGUGAAUGUGUGUGUGAGAGAGAGAGAGAGGUGUGUGUGUGUGUGUGUGUGUUGGUUUAACUGACCAGGUGUAAACCCAAACAGGGUCUAGAGAUAAAGCACAACUCCGACCAACCAAGAUAAAGAACCACGAGUCGCCUGUCGUCGGGUUCUGCUCUGAAACUAAAGCUUCUCUUGCUGUAGAUUUUUUUUUUUUUCGGGUGUUAAGAAGCUUGCAAAAAAAACGAAUGGUAAAGCAUAAAAAUAAAAAAGAUAAAAAUGUUUA